AUGGAGCGCUUCUCUCCCGUGGCCCUGCCCCCUCUUCCAGAAAGCUACCUCGCUUGUGUGUUGGAGGGGCCGAAAGCGCCAUGGCGUCUUGAAAGGGUUCCACUCAGACUGCCCCGCACACAUGAGAUCCUGAUCAAAGUGGAGUGCUGCGGUCUUUGCCACACAGACCUAAGCACGCAGGCCGGCGAACUAGGACCCAUGGUUCAAUGGCCUACGAUACCGGGGCAUGAAAUCGUCGGGACCAUUGUAGCUCUGGGACCCAAUGUGACACGAUUUGUUGUCGGCGACCGAGCGGGUGGUACCUGGCAUGGCGGUCAUGACGGGCUGUGCCGCCAGUGCUGUCAAGGAUUUCCGCAAGGAUGCAGCAACCAGAUUAUCAACGGAGUCAGCAAACAGGGCGGCCUUGGCGAAUACUGCAUCUUGCGCGAGGAAGCUGUAGUACGCCUAUCCCGCGAUGCAAAGGCUACGGAUCUUGCACCGCUUCUCUGCGCCGGUGUAACGUUGUUCAACUCACUUCGCCAUCACGGUAUCAAGCCUGGAGAAACUGUGGUGAUCCAAGGAGUUGGGGGUCUGGGCCAUCUAGGCAUACAGUAUGCUCGAAAAAUGGGUUUCCGCGUUGUGGUACUCUCGAGCACCAGCAGCAAGCAUGCAGAUGCCAGAGAGCUCGGAGCUCAUCAUUUUAUCUGCUCAGAGUCGGCAGACGUCGCUGCCGAAGUGAAUAAAUUGGGUGGUGCGAAAUUGAUCAUCGUCACAGCGCCCAAUUCCAUUGUCGAGCAAUACACCAAAUGCCUCCAAUGGCAAGGCAAAAUUGUCAUUCUUGCAUCUAUCAACAAUAUGCACCUGGAUGCAACACAGCUCCUCCGAACCUCGUCCUCUAUAUGUGGCUGGCACGCUGGGAGUCCCAUGGAUUGUGAGGAGGCAAUCGAGGUCUCUCGGCUGUAUGAAAUACAGGCAGUGACAGAAUGCUUUCCACUUAGUCGUAUUCAGGAAGCUGUCGACCACCUUAGGAAAGGAUUGGCGAGAUAUCGAGUAGUGGUGACGAUGGACGAACCGCAAGCAGAUCCCGAUCAUGACUUUUAA